AUGACAACAAAUAAUAAGAUAAAGAACAAGUCUGAGAAGAAUGAUGAUUCUUCAACUAUUACAACAACAUCAUCAGCAGCAACAAACAAACAAAUAUUCGUUUAUGGAUAUGCUGAGAUGAAUGGACCGCUGGCAGUGUUCAAUACCAGUGUUAAUAUAGAUCCUCCACUUGUACUACUACUUGGAUGGGUUGGAUCAGGUCACAAGCAACUCUCAAAGUAUGCCCAUUAUUGGAACAAGAAAGGUUGUGACACCAUCCAAUAUGCGACACCAUUCUUUGACUUUGCACUUACAACAUUUGCCAAGUUCAAGGCUGUGAGGAUAUUGAGACAGAUCAAGAGUUACUUGGAGUCCAAGCCACGAUGUAAACAGAUCAUUAUUCACAUGUUCUCAAAUGGCGGUGGAUUCAACUAUGCGCACAUGCUCAGAUUGAUGAAGUCACAAAAGGAGUUUACAUUCAUUCAUUCCUACAUCAAGGGCGUGAUCAUGGACUCGCUUCCCACGCUGUCUCUCAUCACUGGCUUCCAAGCACUGCAGAAGGCUGUGCCAUUGCCUGUGUUCUUGGUGGCGGUGCUCUUGUCACCAGUGCUCGCGGUGUUCUGGGCACCACUGGUGUUCAACUACUAUUCGACGCUGGCCAACAAGACCAAUCGUUGGCAACACCUGCUGAUAUACUCGCGCGCCGACUCGUUGGUCGACUGGAACAUUGUCGAGCGCUUCCGUCGUCGUCUAAGCGUGGCAUUGAUCGACCAUAACCUGAUCAAUUAUAGAUGCUUCGAUGACUCGGAGCAUGUAUUACACAUGAAGAUGCAUGCCAAAGAGUACAAAGGAUUGUUGGAUAACUUUAUAACUGCUGCUGGAUUACAACGCGCACUGCCAUCCUCCCCUGGUGGUGGAGGUGUCCGUAAGAUGGCAAUCGAGAGCAAGUUG